CCCUGUCACGACGGGUGGGACUACGACCUCAGCAUCUACGUGGCCACCAUCGUCAACGAGUGGGACCUCGUCUGCAGCUACCGGCAGCUCCGGCAGAUGGCCCAGUCCAUCUACAUGGCUGGAGUCCUGGUGGGCGCCCUGGUCCUUGGUGGCCUCUCGGACAAGUUUGGGCGCAAGGCCAUGUUGAUGUGGUCCUACCUGCAGUUGGGGGUGAUGGGGACCUGCACGGCCUUCGCCCCCAACUACGCGUCCUACUGCGUCUUCCGCUUCGCCGGUGGCAUGGCCCUCUCCGGCUUCGGCCUCAGCAUCGCCUGCCUGGUGGUGGAGUGGAUCCCCACCCCCUACCGCGCCAUCACCGUGGCCAUCACCGGCUUCGCCUACACCCUGGGUCAGAUCCUCCUGGCUGGCGUGGCCUACGCCGUCCCCCACUGGCGCUGGCUCCAGCUCACCGUCUCUCUGCCCUUCUUUGUCUUCCUCCUCUACUCCUGGUGGUUGGCCGAGUCUGCUCGUUGGUUGGUGCUUUCGGGGAAGGCCGAGAGGGCUGUGAAGGUCCUACAGAGGGUGGCCAGGAUUAACAAGAGGAAGGAGGAAGGGGAGAAGAUCACGGUGGAGAAUCUGAAGUCCAACAUGAAGGAGGAGUUGGCUGGUUUGAAGUCCUCCUACACCAUCUCCGACCUGGUCCGGACCCCGGUCAUCCGUCACAUCUUCUUCUGCCUCUCCAUCGUCUGGUUCUCCAUCAGUUUCUCCUACUACGGCCUGGCCAUGGAUCUGCAGAACUUUGGUGUCAGCAUUUACCUCAUCCAGGUGAUUUUUGGUGCCGUUGACUUCCCGGCCAAAGUGGUGGUGACCAUCUCCUUGAGCUACAUCGGCCGGCGGGUGUCACUCAUGGUGGCCCUCUUCUUGGCAGGGCUGGUCAUCAUUGCCAACAUCUUUGUCUCCACAGAGCUCCAGACGGUGCGCACGGCGUUGGCCGUCAUCGGCAAGGGUUGUCUCUCUGCCUCCUUCAACUGCGUCUUCCUCUACACCACCGAGCUCUACCCCACCCCCAUCAGGCAGACCGGGUUGGGUUUUGGUAGCACCAUGGCCCGAGUAGGUGGCAUCGUGGCGCCGUUGGUGAAGAUGAUGGAUGAGUACUACCCCUUCCUGCCCCCCGCGGUCUAUGGGGUGGCCCCCGUGGUGGCAGCCAUGGCGGCCGGGGUCCUCCCC